AUGGGCGAUCCUAGCUUUGGGAGAUCCUUCGACAUCAAGGAGCCUGAAGACAAUCCCCUGCGAUCAAUUCCGGAUAACAUUGCUGCCUACAUGCGAUUCUAUUAUCCAUUCUGCCGCUCCCCCUUCCUCGACUUGCUCAGCUGGCUCAAGCCUCGCGGUCCCGACCGACUUUUCGAAGUGAUCACGCCCCGCCCUGUCCAACAGUACAACCAGUUUGUUCAUGACAGCGUCACAAGCCGGAUAUCCCUGCAAAAGGAGCAAGCGGAAAGGCCAGAGAGCGACCGCCGCCAGGAUAUGUUCUACUUCCUAUGCGAGGCCAGGGACCCGGACACGGGGCUCCCUGCCUAUAGCGAAGGCGACCUCCGGGCAGAGUCCAGCCUGCUCAUCAUCGCGGGGUCCGACACGACUGCGGUCAGUAUUUCGGGGAUAUUCUUCUGCCUCACGGGCGGCCCGCGACGGUGCCAGAAGCUGGCAGACGAGAUCUUGGCCACGUUCGACUCGGCAGAAGAUAUAGUGCACGGGCCGAAACUCCUCGGCUGCAGGUAA